AUGGCAGAAGACGAUGUUGAAUUCGAAAUCGAAGAUGACGAAGGAGAAAUUGUAGGACUUGAUGAUGAUGAAAGAAAGGGCGAUGAUAUGCUCGACGACGAAGUGGAUGAAAACUUGGUUGAAAAUACCUACUACACAGCCAAGGGAGAAGUCGACGAGAAUUUGGAUGAAGCUCUUGAACUUUUCCAAACCGUGCUCGAUCUUGAAGAAGAGAAGGGUCAAUGGGGUUUCAAAUCUCUCAAACAAAUGGUCAAGACUCUCUUCAAGGCUGGAAAGAUGGACCAAAUGGUUCAACGAUACAAGGAACUCCUCACCUAUAUGAGCAUUGUAUCCCGAAACGAAAGUGAAAAGGCGAUCAACAAGGUCUUGAGUAUGGUUUCAUCAUCGACCGAUAAGAAUAUGCUUGAUCAAAUCUAUGGAAUGACUCUUGAAGUCUUGUUGAAGGCUAACAAUGAAAAGUUGUGGUUCAAUACCAAACUCAAGCAAGGACAACUUUUUACUCAAACUCGUGAUUGGGACCGAUUGAACACUUGUAUUUCUGAUCUCAAACGAUGGUGCAUGUUGGAAGAUGGUGUUACUCCCGAUGAAAAGAAAUCAUCAAACAUGUUGGAUGUUUAUGUUCUCGAGAUUCAAAUGUAUAGCGAGCAAAAUCAACUCAAGAAGCUUGCACAACUCUAUCAAAAGUGUAUAGGUAUCAUUUCCGGAGGUGCCGUGGUGUUGAAUCCUCGUAUUACUGGUAUCAUUCGUGAAUGUGGUGGUAAAAUGUAUAUGCGUGAGAAGAAAUGGGCUGAAGCUUUCAAUGACUUUUUCGAAGCAUUCAAGUCAUACGAUGAAGCAGGUAAUCCUCGUCGUAUUGAUUGUCUGAAAUACUUGGUGUUGGCAUCUAUUUUGUCUCAAUCUUCCAUCAAUCCUUUUGAUGCCAACGAAGCCAAACCAUACAAGGGUCACUCUGACAUUGUUGCCAUGACUGAUCUUGUCCAACACUAUCAACAAGCCAAUAUCAAAGAAUUUGACAAGGUCUUGAAGAAUAACAGAAAGGCAAUUUUAGAAGACAAUUUCAUGAAGGAAUAUAUUGAAGAUUUGCUCAAGACUAUUCGUAUUCGUGUUUUGGGUAAAAUCAUGAAGCCAUACACACGUAUCAAGAUGAGCUUUUUGGGCAAGGAAUUGAGCAUUUCUACAGAGGAUGUCGAAGCAUUGGUUGUUGACAUGAUUUUGGAUGGUAAAUUGGAUGGCUACAUUGACCAAGUGAAUCAAAUGAUUACCUUGUCUUCACAAGGAGCUGAGCUGACACGAUACAAGGCAUUGAGUCAAUGGACUGUUAAACUCGGUGACGUGCACCAAGCCAUUCUCCAAAGAGUUAAUUAA